AUGGUGUAUGUUCGAGGCCAUCCGCUAGAUUACGACCGAUGGGAAUCCGAAGGCGCAAAAGGAUGGAAUUUCAAAAAUUGUCUGCCGUAUUUCAAAAAAGCCGAGACCUAUAACUGUUCCAAGGGUCCUGAUGAUCCAUACAGAGGUUAUGAUGGGCCAUUAUACGUCACACGCGGUAGCGCUGAGCAUCCGUUACAUCAAGCAUUUCUCGAGGCCGGUCGUCAGCAUCCAAUAGGUACCACGGAGGAUAUGAACGGCUUCAAACAAGAAGGUCUAGGCACCAUGGAUAUGACCAUUAGGAACGGUAUUCGAUGUAGCACGUCAGCGGCUUACAUUAAACCAAAUUUGUCGCGACCCAAUCUUCAUACAUCGUCUGGAAUCACCUGCACUCGCGUUCUUUUUGAUGGUACGCGUGCAAUCGGCAUCGAAUUCAUAAGGAAGGUCAACUUUUAUGGUACUGAUAAUAUAGAUUCCUAUAGCAGAGAGAAGAUCUAUUGCGAAGGCGAUGUGAUUGUUUGUGGAGGUGCGAUCAACACCCCUCAACUCUUGAUGGUAAGCGGCGUCGGUCCAGCAGAUCACUUGCGAACACACGAUAUCCCUGUUGUUGUCAAUCUCCCUGGAGUGGGACAAAACCUUGUC